AUUUCUUCAGUUGCAGAAAAAGUUGUCUACCUUGUGGUUUUUCAUCUGUCCUUUGUCAUGUUUGUAUGGUCCUAUUGGAAGACAAUAUUCACAUCUCCUGCAUCCCCCUCUAAUGAGUUCUGCUUGUCAAAAGCUGAUAAAGAACAAUAUGAAAAAGAAGAGAGACCAGAAUCCCAACAGGAGAUUUUGAGAAGAGCUGCUAAAGACUUGCCUAUCUAUACAACAACAGCAUCGAGAGCAAUCAGAUACUGUGAUCGAUGCCAGCUAAUCAAACCUGACCGCUGCCACCACUGUUCUGCAUGUGACAUAUGUGUACUAAAAAUGGACCACCAUUGUCCAUGGGUGAAUAAUUGUGUGGGAUUUUCUAACUACAAAUUCUUCCUCCUGUUUUUAAUGUAUUCCUUACUGUACUGUCUGUUUGUUGCUGCUACAGUCUUGCAGUACUUCAUAAAGUUUUGGACAAAUGAAUUGCCAGAUACCCAUGCAAAAUUCCACGUACUAUUCCUUUUCUUUGUGGCAGCCAUGUUCUUCAUCAGCGUACUGUCACUCUUCAGCUACCACUGCUGGCUAGUUGGCAAAAACCGAUCAACCAUAGAAACAUUCCGUGCACCCACAUUUCGAAAUGGCCCUGAUAAAAAUGGCUUUUCUCUUGGAUGCAGCAAAAAUCUGAGGGAGGUUUUCGGAGAUGAAAAGAAGUAUUGGCUACUCCCUAUCUUUACCAGUUUGGGUGACGGGUGUAAUUUUCCAACUCGUUUGGUGAUUAUGGAUCCAGAGCAACUUACUGUCUCAAGCCAAAAUGAACCUGCCAAAAGCUCUGGAGCCAAUCAAUCCUUUCCUACUCGACCACUCAGUGAAUCACAAAAUCGAUUGCUAGCCAGUGACAGUCAGUGGGCGGAAAGUGUCCCUGAAGAGGAAAAUGUUAAAUCAGGUGCAAAAAAGCAUAUUAUAGUUUCAUUGGAAAGCUGAUCUCAGCUUAUUACUAACCAACCAUCUCAAUGAGAAACAGGUUUCUGCAACACAUUUUGUGCUUGAAUAUUACUUAUUUUUGUUUGGAAGAUGUUGAUCAGUAAAAAUGGAACACAAACAUUUUAGGAAGAGACAAGAAAUUCAAGUUUCUGCACAGUACAAUGGAUUCUUGUAAGCACUAUUGCAGAGCAGGGAAGCUAAGACAGAUGCCUUAAGAUUCUUAAUGUGCAUUUAUGCAACACUGAAUUAUAUACUGCUACCAAAGGGCCAAAUCCUGGAUUGCCCUGCUUGGAUACACAAGGUCCAGAGUGGGAACUAUGCAUUUCAGUUAUGCCGUGGUGGUGGGGGUGGAUUGCAGAGACUCCUACUUCCCCCCGGGCAAACUUCAUACCUUAGGCACUGCAGAAGUCACUUCCAUAGCAGCUCUCCAGGAUACAGAGGAAAAAAAAAAAGGGAGGUGGGGGCCAGGAGGAGGGAGAUCAACAUAGAGCAUGGCCAGUGAGUCUGAAGUGCAACUAUACACAGUUCAAACACCAGGUGAUGGGGAAGGGACUGAAUG